AUGGGGCCCUCCCCUGCGACAACCGCGCCGUCCGCCUCGGGGAUGCCGAGCAGCAGCAGCAGCAGCAGCAGUCGUGGCAGCAGCAACAGCAGUAGCAGCAGCAGUAAGCCGCGCGCAAAGCGUUCCUGGGAUCCACUGGAUUACGAAGGCCCCAUCAGAUCUUUGCCGCAGCUUUGUCAGGUGUCGGUACGCCGCACGAGGGAGUUAUUUGCCGCAAACGAGGGUUUGAGAGCUCCCCCGUUUGCUGCCGCCGUAGAGUUGGCGCUUCGGCUCAAGAUUGGCGACGAAUACACGUUUACAAACAAGCGUAUUGCAGCGGCAGCGGCACAGCCUGUUCCCGAGAAGGCUUCUGGGACUGAGUGCCAGCCAAUGCUGCAGCAGGGAGAGAAGAGACAAGCGAUUGAAGACAGCUCUGAAGCAUCAGCAUCAUCAGCAACAGCAGCAGCAACAACAGCGGCGGCGGGGGGGGAGGGGCCUCCUCCUCCUGGUGCGCAGCUGCCACUCGGCGCUUCCUUGUCGGAAAUGAUUCACGCACUUUCACCGUUAGCGGGGAGCACAGCCGUGCCGCUAGGGGCAGCUGCGGGAGGGGUGUCGGAAGGCGGAUCGAGCAAAGCCGCUGCCACUGGAGGAGGAGGAGGAGCUGCAGCGGCAGUCGUUCCUUUAGGUCUGUCUAGCGGAGAGCUCGUCGGAUUGCGGCUUCGCCAGGUGUUAGAACCGCUGAAGCCGCAGUGGCACGCUCCGUGGAAGCUGCAAAGAGUCAUUAGCGGACACCUGGGGUGGGUAAACUGCGUGUCAGUCGAUCCGACAAACAACUUCUUCGCUACGGGCAGCAACGAUCGCCUCCUAAAGAUAUGGGAUCUAGCGACGGGACAGCUCAAGCUGUCGCUCACGGGUCACGUCUCCUCCUUGCGAGAUAUCCAAAUAUCGGACCGCCACCCCUACCUGUUCAGCUGUGGAGAGGAUGGUCGAGUCAAAUGCUGGGACCUGGAGCAGAACCGCGUUGUCAGAGAUUAUCAUGGGCAUCUUUCUGGCGUCUACACGUUGGCACUGCACCCCUCCUUGGAUAUCCUGUGUUCUGGAGGCCGUGAUGCGGUGGUCCGAUUGUGGGACCUCUCUGCCGGCAAGUGCCAAGCAACGCUCACGAAUCACAAGAAGAGCGUUCGAUCAUUAGCCAUCCACCCGACGGAGUACUCGUUCGUAACUUGCGGGGCUGAUAGGGUGAAGGUGUGGAGGAGCCCCUUGGGGGUAUUCGAGAGAAACGUGGAGGGCCUUAACGCGAUCCCCAAUUGUUGCGCCAUCCGGAGCGAAGGCGACAAAUCCUCUCUUGUAGUUGGCAGUAACAAUGGACAGCUGCACUUCUGGGAUUGGAAGUCAGGCUACAAAUAUCAAACACUCCAGUCUCGGGUGCAACCGGGGUCGCUGGAAAGCGAGAAUGGCAUCUUCUGCUGCACCUUCGAUCGGUCCGAAACGCGGCUUAUCACGGGCGAAUGCGACAAGACCAUCAAGAUUUGGAAGAUGGAUGAAGACGCAACCGAAGAGACACACCCCAUUAGCUGGAGACAUGGGAGGGAUGCCCGCAAGGCUCUUGCCUUUUGA